GUCGUAGCGCCGGUUGAUGUCAUCCCCAAUAAUGGCGAGCUGCCGACCCACCUGCCCCAUGGUGCUGGAGGAACAGGAGACAGGAGGCCUCAGGCUGUCUUCUUCCAAGGAAAAUGAGCUGGAAUCCAUGGAAGCUCCCUGGAGCUGCCUCCUUACAUUGUACAAGCAGCUUCAGAAAUCAGCCCUGGCCAAGUUUUUCCUUCAGGAAUUCUCCUCCCAGGAAGAGGAAGAGGAAAAGGAGAAGGAACUCUUACUCAAACUCUGUGAUCCAGGAACUGUUGAUCUCCAGUCAACAGAUGCAGUGGGAUUUGUGGAGUUGGAGUUAAAGAAGCUUCUAGCAGCACAGCAGGAUUUCUGGAAGACAGGCAGGCAAGAGGGCCAGGAGCUGCUGACCCAGCCGGAAGUCAGCCUGGGAGAGGCAGGCAUUGUGGAUAGCCAGGGACACCAUUCUGAGACUGAGAGAGAAGGAAACAGCUCCCCUGGCUUUGAGGAGUGCUGGGGGCCUGAGGGAGGAAUACUGAAGCAGCAGAGGCACCAUCCUAGGCUGGAGACAAAGGCCCAGAGCCACGUGGGUGUCAUGUUGUCCAGAACAGAGCCCCUGCUUCUUGAGGAGAUGGAUGAGAUGGGGAACUGACUUCCAGAAGAAGCAGCCGGUGAUGCCCUGAGUUUGCUUGGUCACUGGGCCUCUGGAACUCACAUAGGGCGGGGGGGUGUCUCCCUCUUUGGAGCUCCUGAGAGCUCAGCAGACUGUCCACACCUCUCACACUAAGGCUUGUGAUGUUAUUAAUAAACCCUGUUUGACCUCAA